AUGGGGCCCCCGGGCAAUAGGGGAUCAUGGGGCCCCUGUGUCCUUGCCCAAACUCAAAAAAGCCUAUGAAAAAGGUACCAGGGGCAUCUCAUGGGGCCCCCUACUGACCCCGGGCCCUCGGGCAGUGCCCGAGUUUCCAAAUGGUCAGUCCGCCCCUGGGACAGCCUAUUAAUUUUAAACAGCUGCCCUACCCGAAGAAUAGUGGGGAAAAAGUCCCGGACCUUUUUUUCAAAAUGUGCUGCACAGAACUGCACAGAUGUUUUUUUGGAGAUCCUAUUAAGAAUUAAUGGCAUCCCGCAC